CAAAAAUUGUGUUGACACCUGCAGCUAGGUAAAGUUUGUUGCUCUACAAAAAAAGAGUAACUCACAGAGCAGUUGGAGAUGGAGCAGUUGGAGUGGUUUCCAAGACGCUACCUAGUGGCUAUCCUCGGGUUUCUUGGAUUUGCCAACAUCUAUGCGCUGAGGGUGAAUCUGAGUGUGGCCAUUGUGUCCAUGACUAGAAACCGCACCUAUCAAGCGCCCAAUGGAACUAUCAUCAAUCUCGGUCCGGAAUUCAGCUGGGACCGUGAAAUCCAGGGCUUGAUUCUGAGCUCCUUCUUUUACGGCUACAUCGCCACGCAGAUCCUUGGCGGAUACCUGGCCUGCCAUUACGGAGGCAAGCGUCUGUUCGGCGUCGGAGUCCUGGCCACAGCCAUCUUCACCCUCCUCACACCGCUGCUGGCCAAGAUCAGUGUUUACCUGCUCACUGCCGCCAGGGUGGUUGAGGGACUUUUCGAGGGAGUGACGUACCCGGCUAUGCACGGGCUGUGGAGUCGAUGGGCGCCCCCCGCGGAGCGCAGUCGGCUGGUGACCAUCACUCUGUCUGGUAGCUACAUCGGCACAGUGUGCGCCCUCCCCCUCUCCGGAGCACUCGCCGAGACCCAGAGAUGGUCCGCCAUUUUCUACAUCUUUGGCGUACUGGCUCUGAUUUGGAGCGCUGUUUGGUUCUACGUUGUGAGUGAAACUCCUCGCACUGACAAGAAAAUAUCUGAGGCUGAACGUGAAUAUAUCGAAGAGUCUAUUGGAAUAACCUCUUCUUCAAAUCUUUCGAAAAUAGAAGUUCCAUGGCACAGCAUUCUGACUUCGGUGCCGGUUUGGGCCAUAGUGGCGGCGCAUUUCUGUGAGAACUGGGGAUUCUACACCUUGCUUACUGAGCUACCAACUUUCAUGACUGACAGGUUUGGCCACAACAUGCAUGAUGCAGGUGUGCUCUCGUCUUUUCCUUUCCUUGUGAUGGGAAUAGUGGUUCAGUGCAGUGGCUACCUCGCUGAUUGGCUCAGAAGCACCGGUCUCCUUUCUACUAUGCAGGUUCGUAAACUGUUCACUUGCAGUGGUUUCAUGAGCCAGGCCAUAUUCCUGGUGGCAGCCGCUCAUCUGUCGUCGCCGGGUGCAGUGAUCGCCACUCUCACUGUGGCGGUGGGCUUCGGUGGACUCGCUUGGUCUGGAUUCAGCGUGAAUCAGCUUGAUAUAGCUCCUCAGUUCGCCAGCGUGUUGAUGGGUUUAUCCAAUACCGUGGCCACCAUUCCAGGAAUCAUAAGUCCCCUACUUACCGGACAUCUUAUCAGGCACAAGACUAUUUACGAAUGGCAAACCGUUUUCAUGAUCUCGUCGUGUGUCUACAUCCUCGGCGCCAUUAUCUAUUCUCUGCUGGCUUCAGGCAAGAUCCAGCCAUGGGCAUUCAACACACAGGAGUGCAACACCUUGCUCGACGACCAAUCACACACCUCCAAUGAGGAGUUGGCCCCGCCCACCAUAACCACCACAACCAAUGCGGCUGUCGAGGAAGAAAUCGAGGAAGAUGACGAUGACGAUUGAACGCCCUAAUUUGUAAGCUGACCUACCCUACCAUAAUCAUUCUACUAAUCGGGAUAAUCUGUGUCUAUUCACUAUUGUGAUGUAAUAUUUAUGUGGCGUAGAGUAGUACGUUUCUUUCUGUGAUAACCUUGCAUUUCCAUGUACAACCCCUUCAGUAUAUUAUAUGCGUACAUGUAGGCCUACUGGUUGACUUCCAAAAAUAAGAGAGUUUUCAAAUAAGAGAGUUUGGAUCAAGAAGUAUAUUAUCAUCCCACUCAGCAACAACUUCUAAAUAUAUGCAUCUUCUAAAUAUUAUUAAUGUAUACAUUUUGACACUAAAUAAAAUGAGAUAAAUACCCGAAACUAGUCAUGUCUCGAAGAAAUUAAAAAAGGUACUAGUAAUUCUAUGCAAUUGAACUCUCAAGUAGCCCAAUCAAAAAAUAAAUGAUAAAUAUUUAACAACUAAGAAUUGUGCUACAAUUGAUAUGAUAAAUGUAUACUAUGAUAAACAAUGAUAAUGUAUGUUUCCUUCAGCCCUGUGUGAUGCUCUGUAUUGAAAAUAACUUAAAUCAUCUUUUAGACUGUCUCUUACUAAUUCAAGUAGGGCAGGUGACGCUAAUGCUCUUAAUACAUUCCCACUUUUCUAAUACAUUUUCAAAGUUAAAAAUUGAGACAAUUAGUUUUCACAUUUGUCUCAAUCUCUAUCUGAUUAUCAAAUACAGCGAUCUGAUAAUGAUCAUGAUUUCCAAGUUUGAUAAUGAUUUGUUUUUUUCUUUCUAGUUUGAUAAUAGAUUUCUUCCUGUUCUUCUCUUUCUUUUAUGUCUUUAAGAUUGCUAUCGAUUUAACUGUAGGAAGCUUAUAAUAAAUUUCUUCCUGUUCUUCUAUUUCUUUCAUGUCUUAAAGAUUGCUAUCGAUUUAAGUGUGGGAAGCAUGCUGAAGGGGUUGGCCUACUAACAAAUCUAGUCCGUAACAAUUUAUUUAGAAACUAAAAUAAUGUUAUUCAAUGUUGCUUGAUUUGUAAAUUGAUUAUAUUUUUUGACUGUUUUGAUGGAUUCUAGUCAUAUGGUUCCUUACUUUACUAUGCAGUAGUUGAUUUUCUAUUUUUAUUCUAGUUUGAUAAUUAGUUAUAAUAUUAUGCUUUUUAGAGAACUAUAUUUCAAUGGAAUUCUUUCAUAUUUUUUAGAGUUAAUUGGUAGGCCUAGUAUAUUUCAAUGGAGAAACUUAUUUGGUUAAUCUGUGCUCUUAAUGGCUACUGUAGUGUACUACAUAUUUUAAUUUGCCCAACUACUCGUAAUAAUCAACUACUAACAAUAUAAUCAUUAUUAUUAUGAAUUUUCGUCUUAAAAAAUCUUAUCUUGAAAAAAAUUAUCAGCUGUUAUAUAGUUAUCCAAUAGUUUAUUGAGUGUUUCAUGGUAUUAAAUUUUAUCGUGAUAGCAGGUAAUUGUGUGUAUUAGAUGAUAGUCUUGUUUCAUUGAAACCUAUUCAAUUUGUUUUCUUCAUCCUUCACUGUGCGUUCAUCAACAAUUGACACAUUUCUUACACAAAUAAUGCUUACAAGCUCUUGGAAAAUAAAAUUGCACAGUUUGUACUAUAUUUUAUCAAUUUUUCUACUGAGGAAGUUCAUGAUUUCUUGAACUUGGCCUAUUUUUGGCCUAUAUGACUGCCAAUCUGAUCGGGUAGAUGAAAAUGGUAUCUCGCAUACUUCAUCACAUAUUUUCAUGUGUUAUUUGCUAGUAUUCGAAGCUGUUGGUUGUCAUGAUGAUCAUCUUACGUUUUUUAUUCAUCUUGAUGUUCAUUCUGAGAGUCAUUAUGAUCUUUCUAUCUUUUUCCAACAAACUUGACUUUUCAACUCAAUCUAUUUUCCUAAUGAAAGAAUUAGUGGUUGGUGUCAAGAGCAGUAGUUGAAUUUCAACUUCUAUCAGGCUCUUAUUGGAAUUUCUGUCAAUUAUUGAUAUUAUUAGAGAUCUAUCCACUUUGCACAUUAUAAUAAUACUCUUAUUCUACAAUUCAUAUUUUCUAAACCUAUUUUCACGUACUUAUUAUGUUAUGAGUAAGAAUUUUAUAAUAUAGUUAAGAAUAUUCUACCAAGAAUGUUGAGGGAUUGUCUGUGAUAGUCUGAACUGAUUCAGAAGUGCUAUAGAAACAUGUAUUUUUCUAUAUUGGUUUUAAUUACCAUUAACCAUUUAACUUCACCUAUUCUCUUUCCAAGUUUCACUGUAAAUGACUAUCCCUUUCCUCCUAUUUUCAUUGUCUUGUGAUUGACAUUUUUCAUUCUAAUACAAUUGGAUUAUGUUUUCAAUACGUAUCUGUCCUGUAAAAUCAUGUAAGAAGCUAAUUUGGAGAAUAUUGCAAACAAUCUUGGAAUAAAAUUUUCUCCCUAAUCUAUAAUUUUUUUCCAAACUAACCUUUUGCACUAUCGUGGACGCUGUAUGGCCAAGAUCGCAAUAUACAAAAUAGCCAAGAUAUCACUCUUCUAAGAAUAAAAAAAUUUAAUGUUCCAGAUUCCCUUUGCUAGAAUAGAAAUUCUAUACAUAAACGCAUUAUUGCAAGAAUUAUUCUGUACUAUUCUCCAUAAAAUCGACCGUUUUCGAGUAAAAUCAGCAUGAACAUUCUACAUCAUUAUCCAAGGUAGACAGAAUGCAUUCUGAUAUCACUUUUGGUAAAUUUAUGAAAAAUCUUGAUAAUUAAGAAAUCAAUUGUUCCAGAACUGGUCUUUCAUUUUUUUCAAUAGCAUCCCUCAUCCUAAUAAAUGUUAUAUUUACAUACAUAUUCAUUAUCGAACCCAAAAUAUUCUCAUACACAUAUAUCAAACAUUACUAUCAAUUCAAUUAUAAAUACACUGACGCUUUAUGCGAUGUUCCACAUUCAUAAAUACUCAUUUCACCUUCAAUUUUAAAAUUAUCAUCCAUGUCUUCCCUAAUCACUUUAAACCUCCCUAACCUAUCAAUUAUUAUUGUCUAUAUCAAAUUAUAAUCAUUGAAUGUGCCAAUGUCAACCCAUUAUUGUAGUUAUAGUAUCAGAGAUAUAAUAUAUAGAGAUAUAAUAUAUUUAAAGUAGUGAAUGUAUUCGCUGUCUAUUAAUGAGUGUUUCAUGAAGAAUGCAUGUUUUAUUGUAUGUUGACGUUUCUAAGAAUUUAUUGAUUUUUUUUUCAAAUGUGUUUCUAAUAAUUAUCAUUCAAUUGGUUGUUGUGGAUAACUGUAUUUUUUGUAACAAAUUAUUUGGUUGUGUGAUUAUGUGGUGAUGGUGCAAUUUAGAAUAAUAAAAUGCAUAUAUUUCGAAUCGCUUCACUAAUCAAAACUUAGAAUAGAACAGUAUUGAUUUAAUCAAGUUUAUUCUAUGAUCAAAUAUAUACAACAUAUAGAUGAUUAUAACAUUAUAUUGUGCAUUUAAGAGCACUCAACCAAUGUAGCAUAUAGAUACCGUCUAUAAUAACACUUGAAAUGUUGUUGUAUAAAGCAGUGAGUAAAACUCCAUAUCACAUUAUUAUACAUAUAUCUAAAUGCUACAUCGCAUAAUGUUGUCAUAUUAUUUUAAUCAGCAUAGUUAGGUUAAUACUCACUAGAAACAUAUGCAGUCUAUAUGAAACACUCUCUAUAUUAAAUGUAAGUGUAUGUUGAUAAUCUAAUUAAAUCUAUGCAAAUGUU